GGGGUUUGAAUCUACCACAGACGUGUACGGAGAAGCAAGAAGUGAUAAGAAGCUUGUGGCGGAAGUGGUUGGGCCGAGCAUAAGGUGAUCGAUAAUGUCCGGCGAUACGCAAACAAAGAAGCGGAAGGAUAAGAAACGGAAGAAAGAUGAUGAAGAUACGGUAAAGGAAACGACGGUCCAUGCCCCGAAACAGGCGUCCGCCGGGGCGGCACAGGCUGCCAAGGAGCCGGGUGAUGUGCAGAUGCACAUCCACAGCGACCACGGCACCGGUGGGCACUGGUGCGCCAAGGUUGUGUUUUUUAUACUGCUGGCCGGGCUUGGGGCCCUCAUCGGAUUGAUCCUCGUGGAAAAUCAGGGCCUCUCGAACGACGAUACGCCACUGUCCGAGUCGAGGUACUCCGAGUUCUUUAGCGGUUGGGUGGACGAGACGCGACAGGACGAUCACCAUCACGAGGAAAUCCUGGCCGCCAUCAACUCGUUAGACGAACACGACGACCACGACGACCACGGAGAUGAGGGAGACGCACAUCAAGUGGAAGAUCAUGACGAAGAAAACGACGAGGCGCACGAGGGGGGGCAGGACGAUCUUGAUGACGGUGCCCCGUACCCGGAAGAGGAAGACGGCGAUGAUGAUGCGGUGCAGGACGACGAUGACGAGGAGGAGGCUCAGAACUUGGACGACGACGAAGUAGAGGAGAUCUACGCUCAACAGGAAGCCGGCCAACAGGAAGCCAAUGUCAACCCGGAAGGUGAUGACGGUGAUGACGGCGACGAUGACGACGACGAUGAUGAUGACGACAAGACAAAGACUGUUGCUGAAACUGUGGAUAAUGAAGAAGAUGAUGAUGAUGAAGAAGAAGUAGUGCAAGAGGAUGACGAAGAUGAUAGCCAUGCGACAAACGACAAAAUGGGAAGCAAUGCCGAAUUAGACGACGAUGAUGAUGACGACGGGAUCGAUGAUACACCAUUCGAGGAAAUCGACGACGAUGACGACGACUUCGAUGGUGAUGAGGAAGAAAUUGAAGCAGUUCAACGUGGAUCUCAACAAACAAACAAGUUCGCAGAGGAUGAAGAUGAUACCGACGACUUUGAUGGGGAUGAGGGGAAGUCGGCUUUCGACGCCUUCGUAGACAACGAUGGCGGAGAGGAAGAAUAUCUGGCCAAGGUGCGCCGGGAGCAGGAGCAGCGGCUAGCGGCCGAAGAAGAACGCAAAUCGGCCGUAGAACCGGAAGAGGAAACUUCACAAAUCCCCACACGGGCUGAGGAAGCUGAUCGGUCCUAUCAGGAAGAGUUAAGACGCGCACAGCAACAACUCGACGAGGGUCAAGCACAAGAAGCGCUCAGUACGUUCGAAAGAGUGCUCUCGAGGAAGCCCCACUCGAUUCCGGCACUGGUCGGCCGUGCCCGGGCUCUGGAUGCGCUGGCAGAGCAGCGGCGUAGUAACGCAAUACUGAACGAUGCGAUCGUAGCCUAUCGGAAGGUGAUCGCACAGGAGCUGGCCGUGGACGAUGCUACGCUGGCGAGUGUGGCCGAACGGUGCAUCGAUCGGUUACGUUUUCAGGGUCAGCACGCGAAAGCGAUCGAUGUGCACCAAACGCUCAUCCGACGGUUCGAUGACGAACCUCGGUAUCGAAAUCAGCUGGCCGUGACGUAUCUGUAUCUGAACCGACUUCCCGAGGCGAAAGCGGUCCUUCAUGAAACGUUGCUCCGUUGGAUUGAAGAUGGCUUUGCGCUGGUCCAUUACGGGUUUGUGCUGAAAACGCACGAUCAGAACAUGGAGCUGGCCGCACAGUAUCUGCGCGAGGGUAUCGAUACCGGUCACGAAGGGACGCAGGAUGGGCGAUUCUACUUCCAGUUGGGCGAUGCCCUACAGCGUCUAGGGCGCACCCGGGAGGCACACGACAUCUACCGGCGCGGCGUAGAGCGGAAGCUGUUCCUCUCACUGUACCAACGCUCGCUGUACAACGUGGACGGUUUACGAUCGCGCCCGUUUUGGACCGAAGAGCAAACAACGUUCGCCACCGAACUGGAGCGUAUCCGUUCCCAGUGGGCCCUUAUCCGGGAUGAAGGCAUGAAACUUCUCACCGGUGCCGGGGUGUUUGUGAACGAGACGGAAAAUCUGCGUGAUCGAGGCGACUGGCGGCAGCUGGAACUGUUUGCUCGCGGCGCUCGGGUCGAGCGUAACUGCGCGUUGGCCCCGCUAACGUGCCGGUUGGUGGAGCAACACUUUCCAGCCGCGCGCACCUGCAAGCGGGGUCAGGUGAAGUUUAGCGUCAUGCACCCGGGCACACACGUGUGGCCACACUGCGGACCGACCAACUGCCGAAUACGGGCCCACUUGGGUUUGAAUGUUCCCGCCGGUACUUACAUACGGGUUGCCAAGCAAACUCGAUCCUGGGAAACUGGCAAGUGGUUGAUAUUCGACGACAGCUUCGAACACGAGGUGUGGCACAACGGGACGGCGACGCGCUUGGUGCUUAUCGUGGACUUUUGGCAUCCAGACUUGACCGAGAGCCAACGACGAUCAUUGUCGCCGAUCUAGGGCGAUCGCGAUCUGUGCGUGUGACGCAAUUGCAUUUUUCCCAAAUACUACUCCACUCCACUCUAACUAGUUUCUAGCGGUGUUUAUGUGUUUUACGCUUUAUUUUGUAUUCUUUCGAAACGCUGUUGUGUUUGUGUGCCUUGUUCGAACCGUGACUGAACAAACUGUUCAAAUAAUCGGUCCGAUAACCUUUUCUUAGAAUAGAGAGAGAGAUAGAGUGAAAAAUCUUAAAAAACCUCGAAUCACAUCGGUUUCUACCAAAGCAGGCAAAAUAAGGAACCCGGACCCGGAGCCACUCGAGGCUAAAGUGUUCAUUCGUUAGGGAAGCGGGUUGUGCGGUCGUGUCGGUAGUGGCAUUAUGUAUGAAAAGACGGAGAGAUCCAACUGAAAAUGACUUACAAAACGUGACUGACUUAACGGUGUAAUCGGGACGAUGCUCUGUGUAGGAAAAUGGAGCCUUCAGAUUAAAGUAUGAAGUAGGAGCCAGUGAAAACCUGUAACAGUUCUGUAAA